AUGACUUCGCAGUUGCAAGUGACUGAUACGGAUUUCAGUUCCCUUUUCAAGAAGGAGUGCCUGAAGUGCAUGGACAACCUCCGCUACCAUGGGCAGAAGCAGACUGAUGGCUCAACUGUCUGGAGACCGUCAGCUGAGGACAUGCUCACUGCGAUCGUGACUGCUCAGAAAAUUCUUCAGGAGAAGAACAAGCGAGACGGCUGGGUGUUGGCAGCUUGCCGGCGAAACGGGUUUUUGGCUUUGCGACCCAUGCCAGGUGGAUUUGUCCGGAGUGACGAGCAGUGCUGGGCAAGAGACCUUCCGCUUGGCUCCAGCCGUAUAAGCAGUGCUUGGCUGAUCAACUGCCUGACCCACUGGAAAGGGCCGACAGAAAUCCAGCCGCCUGAUUGGAGCAGGCUCGAGGGUGCGGCUGAGCUGGCAGACCUCAUAGAGUGGGACUUCGUUGACAAUUCUGACAAGGACAGGACAGACCUCGUCCUACCGAUUGACGACAAGGAGCUGGAAGAGCCUGAGUGGAGCCAGCUGGCCGGCUUCCAACUGUCCUUGGACCUGCGCCGCUCACGCUGGCUGAAGGCCAACAAGGAGUUGCAGUCUGAAAGAGCUCCUUGGCUGUCUGUUAAUUACUCCCUGUCAAUUAAUUAA